UAGCUGAUUAAGCUGCGGUUCACAAGGGAAAUGAUCACAACUAACUGUAAAUUCCCUACCAAUGCCCAUGUGCUUCCUGUGGUAGGCUCCAGGUUCACCACCACCCUGUACUGAAUAGACUUUUAUGGAAGGUGGAUGGAUUAAACAUCCAUUAGCUAAAUGUACAUUUACGCUUUCUAGAUCUCCAUCUCCAAUCAUGUACAGCAUAACACACAUCACUUGUGAACCAUCUUUCCUAGAUAUACAUUUGUGGGGGUAGCAAUGGAGCUCAGACCACUUCCACUGCGGAGUGCUAUGAUCCACUCACGGGCGAAUGGACCUUGAUCGCUCCCAUGCGCACUCGCCGACGUGGCCUUGGAGUAGCGGCAUAUCAGGGAAACAUCUAUGCGGUGGGCGGUACCAACGGGGCUCAUCCAGUGCGGACUAUGGAGGUCUAUGACCCUGCAAUUAACCAGUGGCACGCUGGGCCUCCCAUGAGACAACAAAGAAGCUAUUUCGGCAUCGCAGUGGUGGACGGCUUGCUGUUUGCGAUGGGAGGCUCCGAUGGCUUCAAAGUAACUGCAAAAGUGGAAUGUUUCAAUGCAGUGAAAGGCAGCUGGUGCCGUGCGCAGGAAAUGAUUGCACCUAAGAGGAGCUUCAGCUGCUGCACAGUGCCUGCGCACCCCCGCUUCGUACAGUACGCUGCACCUCGCCCACCUGCCCCCAUCUGCCUGCCUGGUGGGUAACCAGCUUAUCAUG